AUGGUUCUUAAUUAUGCAAUGGAAAUCGUUAAUGGCAAUUAUAAAUAUUUUAAUUGGAAAAAUAAAUUAUCUAUAUUGCUUAAUAUUGUUGAUGGUCUUGAAGAAAUUCAUCAAAAAAAUAUAGUUCAUUAUAUGGGAUUAUGUGGAGAAGUUGGUAAUAUAGAUAAAACAAAAUUUUAUGGAGUCAUGCCUUAUGUGGCUCCUGAAGUAUUAAGAGGAAAGGAUUAUACUCAAGCAGUAGAUAUCUAUAGUUUUGAUAUGAUAAUGUAUUUUGUAGCAAGUAAAUUACAUUUUGUAAUCGACAACAUUGACAAUAAAAUGAUGAUAAAAUUAACUUUAACUACAACAUUAUUUAAAGAUACAUGA